UCACACAUGCCAACCCACUGUAAUCUUUCUCGCCCUUCCCUUGUUUCCGCUGCUUUUUUUUGUUUCUUGGGCGAGCGGGAUAAAUCAUGUCCACCAACACCCUCCCUCCGAAUUGGCACAUUCCCCUGGCGCAAUGGCUGGCCAUCCUGCCUAUCGUAGCGGCCGUCGUGGCAUUCAGUUCGCCUCGUUCGAUGACUCGCCCGGCUACCGUCAUUCUCAUCGUCGCGCUGGCUUAUUCUAUGCAGCGUAGUGCGCAGACCUACUAUGCCGGAACGCGCUUCGGAGCACCUCUCACUUCCAUGUGCUGGGUGAACGUCUUGAACGCGAUCGACCUGCUCGUUCUGAGUCGGGUGUCGUAUGAGGCGCAGAAACAGUGGGAGCAUAAUAAGCAUGCGCAGUCUUCCAAUGGUUCCUAUACGAAGCAGCAGAAGCAGCAGAAUCCAAGCUCUUCAGACACAUCCGAAAAUGUAGCUCGCCUGUUCUGGGCCCUCGACAUCACUUUGAAUUACCGCCGCAUCGACACUCCUUGGGAGAUUCGAUGUCUCCCUCACUUCAACUAUGCAGACCCGCAGUAUGUACCUUCGCGGGGACGGUUUCUUCUCCAGGCAAUGUUGAAGGUCGCCGUCUCGGUCAUGGUCAUCCAGGGGUGCACGAUGGAGACGGAUGACACAAAUUUGGGCACCGCGGUUGCAUUACUACCGGAGACGAAAGAGACACUCUUUCCAUUUUUGAGCACGGCGAGUGCGAAUGACACAGGGCGGAGGCUGCUUGUUCGGAUUCUAUUCUGUCUCUCGUUUGGAAUCAUAGGCCGAGCGAUGAUAGUCGCAUCAUAUAAUGUCUUUGCCAUCAUCGCGGUGGGACUGGGCCUGUACGAUCCCGUGAAAUGGCCGCCUGUGGCUGGAUCAUUGUGGGAAGGGUGGUCGGUCAGACGCUUUUGGGGAAUAACCUGGCAUCAGACAUUCCGCCAAUUGCUUACAUCCAAUGCAGACUUUCUGCUCUCCCUAAUGCGAAUCUCACCCACUGGUAGGCUGGCGUGGUCUUUCCGUGCCCUGCUCGCGUUCACGGUAUCAGGAGCCAUUCAUCUAUUUAUGGAUGUAGGAUUCGGUGUGCCGAUGAUCAAAAGCGGUGCCUUGUGGUUUUUCUGUCUGCAGAUUGUAGGCGUCUUGGCUGAGAGCGCUGUGCAAGAUUUCUCCCGACCACUUCGAGCUACGAUGAACCCCGGUGUCAAGAGAGUGAUCGGUUAUGUCUGGGUAGCGCUGUUCAUGCUGUGGACCGUUCCGAUUUGGAUCAACCCAAUCUUGAUUCAACUGUACAGCGAGGGAGUGAGGAUGAUGUCGCCCUUCUUAUUCCUUGGGAGUUGGAAAAUAUAGAUUUAGACCUAGAGUAUGAUAGACUGCAGAGAGGGAUGAUAGACGAUCUCGAUGGGCUCGGGUUAGUGAAAG